UGGGCAACAGAGUGAGACUCCGUCUCAAAAAAAAAAAAAGAAAGAAAGAAAGAAAAGAAAAAGAAAGAGGCGCUUGGGUUGGAGAUGUGCUUUGGGGGUUGGCAGCAUAUGUAUGGUAUUUAAAGUCCUAAGAGCACCUAGGGAGUGGGUGUAGACCAAGGCUGAAGAGAAAGUGGUCAGGAAGGAUGAGGAGGAACCCACGGAGAAGCCUGGAAGGAGAAGCUGAUGAGGUAGAUAGGGAUGGAACCAGAAUCUCUGGGGCCUGAAUCUUACACAAUUUUGGGAGGCUUCCUUUUAAAAAGAAGGGAUUUUUUUAACCUUGGGAUGGGAGAUGAGGUUUCCCUUUAAAAAAUACAAAAUUAUCAAUGAAAAAUUAAGGACAAGAGGGAAUAUUUAUUUAGAGCCAGAAAGGAAAUCACAAUGAAUUGCCAAUUUUUAUAUAACAAACCUGCACAUGUACCCCUGAACCUAAAAUAAUUUUUUAAAUAAAAUAAAGAAAAAUAUUUAAAAUCAUGGCUAGGGUAGGAGACAGCGAUAAUUUAUAAAGCGUAUUUGUUAUUAAUCACUAGAGAUCACUGAACCCAAAAAGACUUUACUGUGAUACUUUACUGUGAAAAAAUAGUUUUCACUGCCUAAAAUGAAACUCUUUAUUUUCCAGUAUUAUUAAAAUAUGCAGACAUUUGAAAAAAAACACUCAAAAUAAAAAUUGACAAAUAACCAUAAACAUCUAAAAAGCAACAUUGCAAUCUUUAUGAUGAUUAAAUAACUUGCUGAUGUGUUUUUCCUAUACUUUUGGUUGCAUAUUCUUUUAUCUUCUCUUCCUAUAGGGCAUACAAUUUUCUGUAGGUGAUAGAUGAUUUGGUGUUUCCUCCAGCAUGGCUGUUCAAACUUAAUUUUUAGGACUGAGAGUUGAGAAGAAGUUGACUUCCGUUUGACAGCUCUAGAUGAUGGGUGAGUCAAGUGAAGACAUAGACCAAAUGUUCAGCACUUUGCUGGGAGAGAUGGAUCUUCUGACUCAGAGUUUAGGAGUUGACACUCUCCCUCCUCCUGACCCUAACCCACCCAGAGCUGAAUUUAACUACAGUGUGGGGUUUAAAGAUUUAAAUGAGUCCUUAAAUGCACUGGAAGACCAAGACUUAGAGGCUCUCAUGGCAGAUCUGGUAGCAGACAUCAGUGAAGCUGAGCAGAGGACAAUCCAGGCACAGAAAGAGUCCUCGCAGAAUCAACAUCAUUCAGCAUCUCUACAGGCAUCAGAUUUUAGUGGUGCAGCCCCUCUUGGCCAUGGAACAAAUGUUGCUGCCACUGGUAUCAGCCAAUAUGAGGAUGACUUACCACCUCCACCAGCUGAUCCUGUGUUAGACCUUCCACUGCCGCCACCACCUCCUGAACCUCUCUCUCAGGAAGAGGAAGAAGCCCAAGCCAAGGCUGAUAAAAUUAAGCUGGCGCUGGAAAAACUGAAGGAGGCCAAGGUUAAGAAGCUGGUCGUCAAGGUGCACAUGGACGACAACAGCACAAAGUCACUGAUGGUGGAUGAGCGGCAGCUAGCCCGAGAUGUUCUGGACAACCUUUUCGAGAAAACUCAUUGUGACUGCAAUGUAGACUGGUGUCUUUAUGAAAUCUACCCGGAACUACAAAUUGAGAGGUUUUUCGAAGACCAUGAAAAUGUUGUUGAAGUCUUAUCAGACUGGACAAGAGACACAGAAAAUAAAGUACUAUUUUUGCAGAAAGAGGAGAAAUAUGCUGUAUUUAAAAAUCCCCAGAAUUUCUACUUGGAUAACAGAGGAAAAAAAGAAAGCAAGGAAACCAAUGAGAAAAUGAAUGCUAAGAACAAGGAAUCCUUACUCGAGGAAAGUUUCUGUGGAACAUCUAUCAUUGUACCAGAACUGGAAGGAGCUCUUUAUUUGAAAGAAGAUGGAAAGAAAUCCUGGAAAAGGCGCUAUUUUCUUUUACGGGCUUCUGGAAUUUAUUAUGUACCCAAAGGGAAGACUAAGACAUCUCGAGAUCUGGCAUGUUUUAUACAGUUCGAAAAUGUCAACAUUUACUAUGGGACUCAGCAUAAAAUGAAAUAUAAAGCGCCCACUGACUACUGCUUUGUUUUAAAGUAUGGGAAGACUCUCUAUGAUAACUACCAGCGGGCAGUGGCAAAGGCUGGACUUGCCUCUCGGUGGACAAACUUGGGGACAGUCAAUGCAGCUGCACCAGCUCAGCCAUCUACAGGACCUAUAAAUGGCACCGCCCAGCCCAAUGGACAGAUGCCCCAGGCUGCACAUUCUGUCAGUGCUGUUCUGCAAGAGGCCCGGCGACAUGCUGAAACGUCAAAGGAUAAGAAGCCAGCCCUCGGGAACCACCACGACCCGGCAGCGCCCCGGGCCCCGCACGCCCCCAAGUCCAGCCUGCCCCCGCCACCUCCGGUGCGGAGGUCCUCGGACACCAGCGGCAGCCCCGCCACGCCCCCCAAGGCCAAGGGCACAGGCGGCGGGGGCUUCCCCGCCCCACCCGACGACUUCCUGCCGCCGCCGCCACCGCCGCCGCCCCUGGAAGACCCUGAGCUCCCGCCGCCCCCCGCGGAGUUCUUGGAGCCGCCCCCGGACUUCGUGCCCCCGCCCCCGCCGUCGUGUGCAGGGAACGCGGGCUCGGAGCUGCCCCCGCCGCCGCCGCCGCCGCCCGCGCCCGCCCCCGACUCCGCCAGGCCGUCUCCCGCGGUGGCCAAGAGGCCUCCUAUGCCCCCCAAGAGGCACGAGAACCCAGGGACCCCCAGCGGGGCAGGAGGAGGGGAGCAAGAUUUCAUGUCAGACCUCAUGAAAGCUUUGCAAAAGAAGAGAGGUAACGUGUCCUAGGGAGGGGCAUGGUGAGUGUGCCAGAGGGAGAAGCACCGCUGACCCGGAGCGCAGGUUUUGCUAGUAGAUUACCCUGACAUUUUGUUCAUUUCAGAUAAAAUGUGAUGGGAAACUUCUCACUGUUGUGCUCAAGUGCAGCCAUAAACAUUAACCCAAUAGAGUUCAGAAUAUCUGCCCAAAUGUACAUAUUGCUCCUAUGUAUUUUCACCUAAACAGAAUGUACCUUCCCUUCCAGGUUACCUAAAGUGCUGUUUUAGGUUCAUUUAUUUUACUAUGUUAAGAAGCAUCAUAUGAAUAAAAGUUAAACGUUUUUCCUGAAGAUGGUAUUUCUAGAAAGAUUAUUGGGUCCUUCUAUCUUGAAAUCAACACUAUAAUUAAAAAUAGCUUUCAACA